AUAAAUGAGAAAGAUGAAGACAAAAUUGAUGAAGGCAUGAUACAUAAAACUGAAUUGACAAGAAUAAUAAAAUUAAUUAAAGAUCAAUUUGAAUCCAAGUUAAAUUUGUUGAAUAAUGAGAUUCAAGAAACUCAAAUAUUCAAGAAUU